UCUACAACAUCCAAACCCGACGCCUUCGAUUCAACACUCCCCCAUUCACACUCUUCCAACAUACAACACAAACCAGAAAAUAUCCGCAAUCGAUAACAAACCGCACAAUAAAUCACAAACCAACAUCCGCCCACAAUGGCGACCGCAACCGCGCCGCCGCCCUCCGAACUAGCGAAGCAGAUCCUCGAGCACAAGGCGCCCAGCUACAGCUUCAGCUUCACGCCGUUCCUACGAUCUACAUACGGGCACGGGUUCCCGCCGAACCGACCGGUAUGCAAAGCCUUCGUGGCGGGCCACUGCCCGCUGGGCGCGUCGUGCGCGGACCGGCACGUGACGCCGAACGCGGCGAGCAGCACGAACGCGAGCUACAACUCGCUCGUGUGCAAGCACUGGCUGCGCGCGCUCUGCAAGAAGGGCGAGUCCUGCGAGUUCCUGCACGAGUACAACCUGCGCAAGAUGCCCGAGUGCAACUUCUUCGUCCGCAACGGCUACUGCUCCAACGGCGACGAGUGCUUGUACUUGCACAUCGACCCCCAGUCCAAGCUGCCCCCUUGCCCGCACUACGACCGCGGAUUCUGCCCCCUCGGCCCCAAUUGCAGUAAGAAGCAUGUGAGAAGGAAGCUGUGCGUGUACUAUCUUGCUGGCUUCUGCCCUGAGGGCCCGAAUUGCAAGGAGGGCGCCCACCCGAGAUGGGAUAAGAAUCUGGAGAAGCCGAUUGCGAAGGCGGAUGUUAUUCCCGAGGAGCCGGUGAGAAGAGACGACAUGUUUAUGGAUGAUGACCAAGGAGACUUUGGAGGAAGAAGAGAUCAGGGUGGCCGAGGUCGCGGCGAUAGGUUUGGUGGUGGGAGAGGCGGCCGGUGGAGAGGAAGAGGUGACCGGAAAUUUGGACGUGGAAGGGGUGGUCACCAUUGAGAUGCACACAACAUGCUCAAAACUACCCACAAAUGAACACACAAAUACCUCGUUGCAACAAAUCUUCGGGAUAAGCCUUCAACUUGAGAAGGCUAAGAGGAAUCAAGCAUGUGUAGGCCAUCUCUACGUCUACGCACACCCUUGCUCACAACGAUACGUCUGGAAAAAGCACCAAAUUUUAAUACGAGCUUAGCAAAUGCAAUGCUCAAUCGCCGAGAUUUCCAAACUCCGCAUAUCAUUCACUUGCAUCAGGAGGGUGAAGGGCAAAACUCUUGUCUAGGAAGAGAUGACGAGAGCUGCCGGUGCUAUUAGAUUCUCGAUCUAGAGAGUUUGAUUUCUUGAGAGAAUUGGAAGUCUAGGAAGGCACAGGAUAUCAGUACUGCUAGAUACCCCCAUAAUCAAGAACCAAUAGAUUCAACCAAGCA